ACCGGUUUGUUUUGCUCACUUGAGCUCGUCCUGAUAUAAGACUCGGUCAUAGACGGAAGCGACAACACCAAGCCGCCUGUAAACUGCUGCUAGAUCUUUUUUUAUUUUAAAAACAAAGAACCAAUUUGCACAGCAGCAACUAGCACUUUAUUGAGAUUAUUCUUAGUUUUAUCGCUUCGCUACCUCUGUUUUGCCCCCGCUGCUUCCAACAGUUUGACGCAAUAUGCCUUCGGAGAAAACGUUCAAACAAAGACGGACCUUUGAGCAGCGAGUAGAAGACGUCCGGCUGAUCCGGGAGCAGCACCCCAACAAGAUCCCCGUGAUCAUUGAGAGAUACAAAGGCGAGAAGCAGCUCCCCAUCCUGGACAAGACCAAGUUCCUGGUGCCGGAUCAUGUAAACAUGAGCGAACUCAUCAAGAUCAUCCGGAGGCGCCUCCAGCUCAACUCCAACCAGGCCUUCUUCCUGCUGGUUAAUGGCCACAGCAUGGUGUCCGUGUCCGCUGCCAUUUCUGAGGUGUAUGAGCAGGAGAAGGAUCAGGACGGCUUCCUCUACAUGGUCUACGCCUCCCAGGAGACGUUCGGCUCCACUGCAGCCGCCCACUGAACCGCCUUUCCUCCUCCUCCUCUCCCUCCUCCUUCAUUCUCAACCCGCAAACUGAACUUUUGUAGUUUUUAGACUCUCCCUCCAUGUUUUGUCUCUCCACACAUCUCUUUAGUCUAUCAGAGUUAAAACCCAGGCAAAAAAACGGCUCGAGGUGGCAUCUAAAACGUCUGCUGUCUCUGAUGUGUCGUACCGUCCUCCUCCAGCAGGGGGAGCCAAACAGCUCCACAGAGAAACCUUCGGAUCUAUUUAGAUGUAUUUAUGUCGUGUAAAUAUAAACUUCAAAUCAUCUAUGUUAACAUUUAUACUUGUGUAUAUAUCCUAACAAAGCCUUGAGGUUUCUGGAGAUCUUUUUCUUUUUAAAGGCAGGAUUUUAUUGCUGUGGAACUCCUCCAUCAGCUCAUCCCUCUCUUCUUCUUCUAACUGCUUUGCUCUUCAAUCAGAUAGUUAUUGUUUGAAGAAUUUAAAACAGAGACGUGUGCAAAUAGCGGUGAGUGUAACCAAGCGCAUUUUGGCAACACUACAUGGAGCGUGGUGCUCCUGCAGAGGAAACGGCGUUUCUGUAAAUAGCGAUGCUGUCCAUCAGCGAGGCGGAUGCUGGUGAACCGAGGACGCCGCUUCACGCGGCGGUCUCGACAGAUAAGGAGGUUUAGCUGCUUUGAAUUGCAGUAUUACGAUUCUUUUUAUUGAUCGGGGUUUUUAUGUCUUUGUACAAACCUGUAGUGCUGACUCCUGACAGGAACAGAGGGGCGGAGCUUAUGUUUCAGUGCUUUCAUUUUAACGUCUACUCCUCUGUGUCGCACACAGCAAUAUCACACGUGUGUUUGUAUUUAUGUUGCUUUUUUCUAAACAAUAAACAGAGAAAAAAAAUACUUAA